CAACCAAAGAACCUCAAAUAUCAUAUUCCAUGAUUAUAUAGCUCUAACCGAGAUGCUCCCAAAAGAAAUCACUGUAACCCCAAAGUAUCAGUCUCUGAACAUUGUAUAGAAUGGCUUCCUUGGCAAAAACUGAAUCAGAAAAGAAAUUGGAAGAUGAUUUCUUAUGUAUUAGUCAGCUGGGGGUGGUCUCGGUGGUGCCUUUUGCCUUGAAGACAGUAUUUGAGCUUGGGGUUUUCGAGAUCAUAGCGAAAGCUGGUCCAGAUGCCAAACUCUCUGCUUCGGAGAUAGUAGCGCAACUGCCUGCACGAAACCCAGAUGCACACUUGAUGCUGGACAGGAUUCUCAUGCUCCUCGCUACCCAUAAUGUGCUUGGCUGCUCUGUGGUUGAUAUGAAAAGGCUCUACAGUUUGACUUCAUUGUCUGAAUAUUAUGUGCCUAACCAAGAUGGUGUUUCAUUAGGACCAACGUUGGUCUUGACUCUCGAUGAGGUCUUAUUGAGGAGCUGGUCAAAGCUGAAGGAUGCAAUUCUUGAAGGUGGAAUUCCAUUCAACAAGGUUCAUGGAGUGCAUGCUUUUGAGUACACAAAAUUGGAUCCUGGAUUCAACCAAGUUUUCAACACAGGAAUGUUCAAUCACACUACUCUUGUUAUUAAGGAGAUCCUCAAGGCGUACAAAGGCUUUGAUCAUAUCCAGCAGUUAGUCGAUGUUGGUGGAGGCUUUGGAGUCUCUCUUCAAGCUAUCACUUCUGCAUACCCCCACAUCAAGGGUGUCAACUUCGACUUGCCUCAUGUUAUUCAAGAUGCCCCGUCCUACCCUGGUGUUGAACAUGUAGGAGGAAAUAUGUUUGAGAGUGUUCCCAACGGAGAUGCAAUAUUUAUGAAGUGGAUACUUCAUGACUGGAGUGAUGAUCAUUGCUUGACGUUGUUGAAGAACUGUUACAAAGCCAUACCAGGUGAUGGGAAGAUAAUUGUUCUAGAGACAGUUCUUCCGGUGGAGCCUGACGCAAGUGCAGCCACAAAAUUCGGCUGUCAAUGUGAUGUGCUGAUGAUGACUCAAAACCCAGGAGGGAAGGAACGAACGCGUCACGAAUACUUGGCUCUGGCCCUUGCUGCUGGAUUUAGUGGCAUUAGAUUUGUAUGCUUUGUCUGUAAUCUUUGGGUUAUGGAGUUCUACAAAUAGAUGGUAACGUAUGGGGAAUUUAUCAUUUGUGAUUUCCUUCAUAAUGGUGUGAGAGUCACAGGGACAAAUAAUCUUUACAAGAUAACUUUGUUAAUGGUGUUUUUUCAGCCGAUGAUUAAUGCAACUUCUAUUUAUACAAGUUAAGCAGCAAUUAAA